AGGUGGAGCUGAAUAGAAACUUUUUUUUUUUCCUCUUUCACGUAUGCUGCUCUGGAAUGGACUUUCACUACAGCGCCUCACCUAAAGCCACCUGACAGGAAAACAAUGACAACAGAAGAAGGUAAAAAAGAAGAAGGUGGUUUUAACAAUGAAAGCGUCCCUGAAGUGUGUUUUCCUCCUGUUGGGGAUUUCUUCUUUCAUAGUUUGUAUCUUUUUAUAUUCACAACACAUCAGUGACCUGAAGCCUGACAGUAUGCAGACAGUGGACUGGAGUCUCAUCUUGGCAGGUGAACAAGAAGAAGGAGUAAAAGAAGUAGAAGAAGUAGAAAAAGAAGACACGGGAGAAGCAGCCUGUUCUUUAAGGAAAGCAGUAAGGAACAGUGUUGUCCUCAGAGAAAAAUUUAGUUUCUCUGUGCCGGUUAUUCAGUGGGCCAAAAGUUUCUCCAAACCUGCCUGGCAGCUUCUGAAGAGAAAACCUCCAUAUGGCUGGAAGGGACUCUCUCUCGAAGUUGUCAGGUCGACUCUCUCCCUGCUCAACAGCUCUAGUCUGUUUAAACGAGGAUCACCUGGCAGGUGCGUUCGCUGCGCCGUGGUUGGAAAUGGAGGCAUCCUCCGAGGGUCUCGACAGGGGAAGAACAUCGACAGCCAUGACUUUGUGUUCAGAGUGAACGGAGCUGUGAUCAAAGGUUAUGAAGAAGACGUGGGGACAAAGAUUUCCUUCUUUGGAUUUACCACUAACACCAUGAAGAACGCCCUCCACAUGUACCAAAGUGACGGGUUCACCGAAGUCCCUCAGAGUCCAGAGAUAAAAUACAUCUUCAUCCCUUCAAACCUCAGAGAUUAUGUGAUGCUGGCAGCUGCCGUUCAGAGAAAGACUGUCCGCUCAGGCAGAGACAGGGGGGACAAGCCCUGGCAGUACUUUGGUCACAAACCACCUGGAAACUUCAAGAUUCUCCACCCAAGUUUUAUUCACUACGUGACACACAGUUUCCUGCCGUCUCCUCUGCUGACCUUCGCUCCUGACCACUACAUGCCGACCACCGGAGCUCUGAUGCUGAUGACUGCCUUACACACCUGUGACCAGGUGUCUGCUUAUGGCUUUAUCACCAGAAACUACAACAUGUUCUCCGAUCAUUACUAUGACUCCAUCAAGAAGCCUCUGAUGUUCUACUCCAACCACGACAUGCCAAUGGAGAGACGGCUGUGGGAGUUCUUGAACAAGCGAGGGGUCAUCAGGUUGUACCAGAGGGGUCACAGCUGAUAGAGACGAUGGUUUGCAUCUCAAAUUAUGCUCAAGAAUUUUGGCACGGUAGUGUAGUGGUUAGCACUGUCACCUCACAGCAAGAGGGUUCCUGGUUCAAUCCCAUGAGGGAGCCCUUCUGUGCGGAGUUUGCAUGUUCUCCAAGUACUCCGGCUUCCUCCCACACUCCAAAGACAUGCAGGUUAAUUGGUGAUUCUAAAUUGCCCGUAGGUGUGAAUGUGAGUGUGAAUGGUUGUCUGUCUCUAUGUGUCAGCCCUGUGAUCGUCUGGAGACCUGUCCAGGGUGUACCCUGCCUCUCGCUCAAUGACAGUUGGGAUAGGCUCCAGCUGGGGGUGACCCUCAAGAGGAUAAGCGAUUACGGAUAUGGAUGGAUGGAUUGACAUUUUGCACGUUUAUCUUUAAAGUUAAAUACAUCAUAUUUUGUGAACUAAUUGUGUUCUCUAUGUAAAUUCUUAAUUUGCAAAUGUAUUACA